CUUCCACAUUUAAUAUCAAAUCCACAAGUCGGCAAAGACAUUGUUCUUUGUCAUAAUGAUCCUUAUGCUCCAAAUGUUAUCUUUAAUGCUGAACAAAAAUCGGUGUCUUUGAUCGAUUUUGACUAUACUGAUUUGAAUUUUUCUCUGUUCGAUGUUGCGAGUCAUUUUGCAGGCUAUUGCUUUCUUGAUAAGGUCGACAUAAGUAUGUAUCCUACUCAUGAAGAACAAAAACGAUGGCUCACAGUCUAUUUUCGAGCACGUGGAAUGGAUGAAUCUCUCAGUAAUGAUACAACUUGCCGUUUAAUCGAUCAGUUUUCGGCCGUAGUUCAUUUAAUGCGGGGUCUUUGGAGUUUACUUCAAGCACAUAUUUCGACAUUGACUUUUGACUUCAUCAAGCAUGGCAAAAUCCAUUUUGGAUAUUAUCAAAAAAUGAGACAGUCGCUGUUUGAUUAG